UUGCCCUUAAGGGAAGCUGGCAUAACAGGGGGCAGACACUGGGAUGGCAGAAAUGUUCCAAAUGGCAAAGUGCCUUGCCCAGUAAAGACUGAACGUGAGGGCCCCAACUCCACGUGGGGUACCCCUGGAUGAGGAGAUGCUUGCAGUGGGCUCUGAAGGUCAAGUCACAUUUUGUUGGGCUGAGAAGUGAGGAAGGCAUUCCAGGCAGAUGUCCCAAGGCGGGUCUCCCAUACGCUUUGGCUUAGUCAGACUCCCUGGCCCAUGGGCAUGGGCUCCUGAUAGGAGAGUCCAGCUGCCAGGGUUUUGUCCCCAGCUCCUGGCCUUCCCACCAAGAGCUCCAGGUUGGCCUGUCUCCCCAAGUAUGGUACUGCCUGCCCAGGCCGUAGUCUCACCACAGGCCCAGAAGAUGCUGGGAGUGGGGCUCUUCUUCCUGUAAUGUCUCCCUGUAUGUAACUUGGGCCACUGGGCCAGCUCUUGGGCUUAAGAAUGGCGGAGGUAGGGGACUGCUGCCAUCUGGUGGUUGACUCUGGCUCCCUCAAGUCAGUCAGAGAGCAUCAGCCCACCUUUUUGUUCUCAGUGCACCAGACCCAGAUUUUACUUCGAGAAACACAGUCAUUUCUGCUGCUGGAGGGAACCAAAGAGAUGAACAUCUGCAACAAGCCCUCCAACAAGACAGCCCCUGAGAAGAAUGUGUGGACAGCACCCACGCAGGCCAGCGGACCCUCCCCAGAGUUGCAGGGCCAGCGGUCUCGCCGGAAUGGGUGGAGCUGGCCCCCUCACCCGCUCCAGAUUGUGGCCUGGCUGCUGUACCUCUUCUUUGCUGUGAUUGGCUUUGGGGUCCUUGUUCCCCUCCUGCCUCACCACUGGGUGCCUGCUGGCUAUGCUUGCAUGGGCGCCAUCUUUGCUGGCCACCUCGUGGUGCACCUGACUGCUGUCUCCAUCGAUCCAGCAGAUGCCAAUGUGCGGGACAAGAGCUAUGCAGGGCCCCUGCCCAUCUUCAACCGCAGCCAACAUGCACAUGUCAUUGAAGACCUGCACUGCAACUUGUGCGACGUGGAUGUGAGCGCUCGCUCCAAGCACUGUAGUGCCUGUAACAAGUGCGUGUGCGGCUUCGACCACCACUGCAAGUGGCUCAACAACUGCGUGGGCGAGAGGAACUACCGGCUCUUUCUACACAGUGUGGCAUCUGCUUUACUGGGUGUCCUGCUCCUCGUGCUGGUGGCCACUUAUGUCUUCGUGGAGUUCUUUGUCAACCCCAUGCGGCUGCGCACCAACCACCACUUUGAAGUCCUGAAGAAUCACACAGAUGUAUGGUUUGUGUUCCUGCCUGCUGCCCCUGUGGAGACACAGGCUCCUGCUAUCUUGGCCCUGGCUGCCCUACUCAUCCUUCUGGGCCUGCUCUCCACAGCCCUGCUCGGCCACCUACUCUGCUUCCACAUUUAUCUCAGGCCCCCUUUCCACUGCACUGAACCUUCUCUCACCCCCUCAGUGUGGCACAAGCUCACUACCUAUGAGUACAUCGUGCAGCAUCGUCCGCCACAGGAGGCAAAGGGGGCCCACAGGCAGCUUGAAUCGUGUCCCCCCAAGAUGCGGCCCAUUCAGGAGAUGGAGUUCUACAUGCGGACCUUCAGCCAUGUGCGCCCAGAGCCCCCUGGCCAGGCCAGGCCUGCUGCAGUGAAUGCCAAUCCCUCCGGGUUCCUUGCCACUGGCGGCCAAGUGGAGCCUCCAGCGCCCUCCUCCCCAGAGACUCUCGCUCUGCCCCCUGGGAUCCGACCCCAGAAAAAGAGGAAGCGGCGCGUGUAUAAGGUGCCCACCUCUGGGACCUUGGACCUUGAGGCCCCGCUGCCCAGGCUGCCCGCAGGACCCCGGGCCCCAGGCUGCGGCUCCAGCUCGUCGGAUUCCGCAGGCUCCAGUCCCGUUCACGCCGCUGGCCCUGCAGGCGCCUACCACUCGGCAUCAGCCGAGUCCAUGGACGAGAUCCCUGUGGCUCAGACACGCCUGGGCAGCGCCGCUCUGGCCUCCCCCGGGGGCAGGGGCCCAGAGCUCGGGCUGGCGCUGCAGGCUCGUGUGCCCGCCGUUUUCGUGAGCCCGAGCAGCGGCGAGCCCGGGGCGCGAGGCGGCCUGGAGGCCGAUCUGGCUUAGCUGGCCGAGGCAGAAGGACCUUGGAGGAGCGGCCGGCCCGACUCUCUAUGCAACAAAUACCCCCACCCUCGCGGACCGAAUGCACUUUAGGAGCC